AUGACAAUCGUUUCCAAUGAUCGAAUUCCCACCAAUCUCCUGAUUCUUGAUUCGAAGAACUAUGAUAAAUGGGCGAAACAAAUGAGGGUUUUGUUUGGUUAUCAAGAGGUUGGCGAUUGUGAAUCGGCGAAGCAAGCAUGGGAAAUCUUGGAGAAAGCAUAUGUCGGUGCCUUCAAAGCGAAGGUUGUAAGGUUACAAACUUACAAGCGACAAUUCAAGUUAACACAAAUGGAAGACAAAGAAACGAUCAACGACUACAUUACGCGCAUUACCCGGUUAGUUAAUCAAAUCAAAUCUUGUGGGGAAAUGAUUCUUGAGCAGAAUGUUGUAUCGAAAGUAUUGCGUUCGUUAACGCCGCGUUUCGACAACAUAGUUGUGGCUAUUGAAGAAUCAAAGGAUCUAACAACUUUGAGCAAAGAUGAAUCGCAAAGUUCGUUAGAUGCACAUGAACAAAGGAUGGAUGAGAGAGGCGCCGACAAAGCCAAAGCGGAAAUUGUUUUGCAAGCGCGUUUCAAUGAAAAGAAUAAGAGGUCGAAAGGAAAAUUUGCGGGUGAAAGUAGCUCCAAGGAUAGUGGUCAUAGCAAUGGUUUCAAGAAGCGUGAUGUGAGUAAGGUACAAUGCUACAAGUGCAGAAAGUUUGGACACUUUGCAAAUUCGUGUCGUGGUAAAUUGAAUGAGAAUCACAAUAAUGAAGCCAAGGUUGCUAGGGAAGAGGUAGAUGAUGAGGACACAAUUCUAGUAAUGAUCACGGAGGAGAGUUAUGGCAUUACGGAUGUUCCGGGCAGCAGCUACAGUAGUGACAGUUUGCGGGACAGCAGCUGUACCGUUCCGGAAAAUAGCGAGAAAAUGCAUUCGGAUCGAAAUGCAUUGGUUACCGUUCGUGAUGGAGUCCAAGGGAGAGAUGAGUGGUACUUGGAUUCCGGUUGUUCAACACAUAUGACGGGUCGAAAAGAUUGCAUUGGCCAAUUACUUGAAAGAGGAUACAAAAUUCGGUUGGAGGACAAGAUUUUACGCAUUUUGGAUUCAAAUGGUGUGUUGAUUCUAAAAGCGCCGAUGACUGUCAAUAGAACCUUUAAGGUUGAGUUAAAGGUUAUGGAGCAUCGUUGUCUAGCUACCGCGGCAAGUAGAGAUUAG